UAAGAACAUAAAUUAUAAAAUAUGUUUUAUCUCAUUUUCUUUCUUUUAUCUUCAUUUCACUUCUUUUCUUUUCCAUCAAAAAUAAACUCGAGAACACAAUGUAAUUGAUGAUUGUUGGGCAGAAAACCCAACCCUAAACUACGACGUUUCUUUCCUCCUAUAAGAAAUAACGAACGAAGAAAGUAAAGAAAAAGAAAAAUGUCAACUGAUGAUAAACGAAUAGCGAACAAAGCAGUGGAAGAAGAAAAAAAGAAGAAGUUUGAUCCUAGAAGGGAGUUGAUAAAAGUCUCAUCUGCUGAUUUUAAAAAUCUAUCCUACCAAGACAAACGAUAUUGGGCACAUGCACAUUUCAUGUUUAUGGCAAAUUCUGUUUCGUUCAAAGCAAUUGAUGACCCAGACUCAGACUCUGAAGAAGGAGAAGACGAUGAUGAUGAUGAAGAAGAAGAAGAAGAAGAAAAAAUAGAAGAAGAAGAAUCAAAAGUACCAAAGAAAAAUGAUGAUGAGGGAUCCGGACCAAGAGGAGCCUCUUGGAAAAAGAACAAGUGAAUCCGAUGAUGAUGGACCAAGGGCAGAUUAUUAUAGAAACAAUCUUUUGAAUUGAUCUGACUUUGUAGUAUUUUACUUAUCAUCAUGAUUAUUAGGUGCCAUGGAUGAUAUUUCUUUUUCUUUCUUUUAUGGAUUCGUAUGUUAUUAAGUAGAAUUGUUUGGUAUCUCUCAUAUAGUCAUAUGCGCCCUUCGUAUCUUUAUUUCUUUUUAUAUAUUGUUGUCUGGUUGGCAAAAGUUGGAUGGGUACCUUGGCACGCCAAUAAGUGUAAGCUUUCAUGUUUGACUCAA